CAAUCUCUGUCCAGAAUGCCGAAAUGAACCGGCAUUCGUUAAACUCAUUUCACUUUUUUCAUGCGAAAAUGUCUUUCUGUAUCCAAUUCCUGCAAUGACGUAUCAUUGUAUUCUUAAUGUCACUUGCUACGGUUUUUCGUGGCUUACGUGCACGAGAUACCGGGUCUGUCAACCAUACUUUUAAUGUUUUUGUUAUUUAUUAUACAAUUAUCUUAACUUUGAAUUUAUCGGAUCACAGAUUAUUCAGAGAUGACGCUGCAAAUGUUGCCAUUAUUAGAGAGGUAUAUGAUAGUGAGAAUGCGCAUGAAACAUUUGAGUAUGAAUUGGAAAGGGCACUGGAGUCUGAAUGUAGUUUGAUAGUCAUCGAGCCAUCGAAGCUCGGUGAUGAAACGUCCCGAUGGAUAGCUGUUGGGAAUUGUCUUCAUAAGACAGCUGCAAUUUCUGGCCUUGCGGCAAUAGUCACAGGUCUCGUAUGGGGUGAUCGACCAUACAUCUGUGGCCCGUUAGGUUUUACGUCGAUUAUCACCUGUGGACUGUACACGGUCUCCUGGCAAUUUGAUCCUUGUUGUCAGUAUCAGGUAGAAACAGACACCAGUAAGCUACCACAUGUUGAAUUGCUGGCAGUUCUAGGACCCUCUUCUCCAACUUUCCUUGUUAGAAAGGACGACACAAGAAGAAGGAUAUUACAUACAACAAUUACAUUAACAGCACUUUGUGUUUGUGCCUGGAGAUUGUAUCGAGCUUUUAAGUGAAAUUGCCCUUGCGAAGGGUUGAGCAAUUUUAAGGUGAUAAAAAAGACAGGAAGGUAGGAUUUCACGCGUGAUCUUCGUAGUAAGACAUUAAAAUAGGACUCAUUGAAUUAGGAAAAAUACAAUUUUGCUUUGCCUACGAGCAGUUGCAAAUUGUAAUGUCGCUCAAACUGGUGUUGUGCAUUUGACAGUGACCACUGUCUCAUUAAUUAAAAGCUCUUUAAAUAAUAACUGCCACUUUAUAAAAUGACAGUGAUUAAAGGAGUAACACUCAAUUUUUCCACUUACAAUUGCAUGAGAGCAAAAUGUACGUACAUAGAAUACAGUUAUGCAGUCCACCACACCAUUGAUAAAAGGGUACACGCAGGCCACUGUUAUGUUAGCUUGUAAAUAAAAUAGGUAGAAUACACUGAAUACACUGAAUACAUUUUGAGAGAGGGAGUUACCUGAUUUUCUCUAUCCUAUUAAAACACAUUUUAACUAUCCGUACUCAAAUUCCCAUCAAGUUGAAGAGCAUUUUAAUUGUAUAACAAGAACGAACAAAAAGUGGGUAGCUACAAUUUAACAAAAAAUACUGUUAAAAGUAUAUUACUAUUUUAGAAUGGUUAAUAUAAUGCCACUUAUUUAUCAAGAAACAAACUGAAAUUAACAUUUGUAUACUGCUGUGAAAAUUUAUAGGAGGCUGCACGUGCAGAAGUUGGGCAAUAAAAUAUGACAUCAUAAAUUUGUAAUACAGAUAUGAUAAAAGUAAA